AUGGGGACGUUGUGUAUGGCGAAAGGUCUGAUAAAUCAAAUUAAUAUUCGGAAUGGUUUGACGGCAUUGAUGAGUUAUCGCAUGAAGAAAACACACAUCGCAAAUUACACAAUUCUCGAUCACACUUACGACGCAAUUGUUGUUGGAGCUGGUGGAGCAGGUCUACGAGCAGCAACACGUCUUGGUGAAGGUGGUUUGCGAGUGGCGGUGAUAACGAAACUAUUCCCGACAAGAUCGCAUACCGUAGCUGCACAAGGAGGCAUUAAUGCGGCAAUUGGUAGUAUGAAUCCGGAUAACUGGACUUGGCAUUUUUACGAUACGGUGAAAGGAAGUGAUUGGUUGGGCGAUCAAAAUGCCAUACAUUAUUUAACAAAAGAUGCCGUUCGAGCAGUAAUUGAAUUAGAAAACUACGGAAUGCCAUUCUCUAGAACAGCUGAAGGGAAAAUUUAUCAGCGUUCAUUUGGUGGGCAAAGUAACAACUAUGGAAAAGGCGGAGUUGCCAAACGGGCGCCAUUUACCGUCUUAGCAACAGGUGGCUUUGGUCGAGCUUAUUUUAGCUGUACGACAGCACACAGUACCACCGGUGACGGUAAUGCAAUGGUCAUUCGUGCUGGUCUACAAACAACUGAUAUGGAAUUUAUCCAAUUUCAUCCAACCGGUAUUUACGGUGUUGGUUGUCUGAUCACGGAAGGAUCACGAGGAGAAGGAGGUUAUUUAAUAAAUAGUAAAGGUGAACGAUUCAUGAAAAAGUAUGCUCCAAAGGCGUUAGAUUUGGCAUCUCGAGAUGUUGUGAGCAGAGCAAUGACCAUUGAAAUAAUGGAAGGUCGCGGGGUUGGCAAAGAAAAUGAUCACAUAUACUUACAGCUUCAUCAUAUUCCAGCUGAUCAUUUACAUAAUAAAUUACCAGGAAUAAUGGAAACGGCGAAAAUUUUUGCUGGUGUUGAUGCGACCAAAGAGCCUAUACCUGUAAUUCCAACAGUUCAUUACAAUAUGGGCGGAAUACCAACCGAUUACAAAGGACAAGUAAUAACCUAUUCAAGUAGUAAAGGUGAUCAAUUAGUGCCGGGAUUAUUUGCAUGUGGCGAAACUGCGGCGCAUUCGGUACAUGGUGCUAAUCGACUUGGCGCUAAUUCUCUUCUUGAUACUGUCGUAUUUGGACGAGCCUGCGCUGAUAACAUAUUGCAACAAGCAAAAUCAAUCAGUUCUAACUUUCCGGAUUUACCGCAUUAUGCGGGUGAAGCUGCGCUUGCCAACGUGGAUAAGGUCCGCUUCGCAAAAGGAGAUAUUUAUACAGGUGCUUUACGAUUGAAAAUGCAAAAAACAAUGCAAAAACAUGCUGCUGUCUUUCGACGAGGCGAUAUUUUACAGGAAGGUAUUAGGAAAAUGGAAAUAAUCUACGGUGAGCAAAAACAUCUGAAGACUGCGGAUCGCGGACUAAUUUGGAAUUCGGAUCUCAUUGAAACAUUAGAGUUGCAAAAUUUAUUGCUCUGUGCAAUGCAAACAAUCAUUGCAGCAGAAGCUCGAAAAGAAUCGAGAGGAGCUCAUGCUCGGGAUGAUUUCAAGCAACGAAUAGAUGAAUUUGACUAUUCCAUACCACUGGCAGGACAGAUGAAAAAACCAUUCGAACAACACUGGCGCAAGCAUACAAUCAUUAACCAAGAUCCGGAAACCGGAAAGGUUUCACUGAGUUAUCGGCCAGUGAUCGAUCAAACGUUGGACGAGAACGAAGUGAAAACUAUACCGCCAAUAAUCCGGAAAUACUGA